AUAAUUAUAGUAUUAAACUAACUCAAAACUCACUACAAGAGAACAUCCUUAAAAUCAUGAACACACUACACUUGCUCUGCUUUCUCAUCUUCCUGGCUCUUCCCCUUAGACUUACAAGCAAACAAUAUUCCGGAGGCUUGAACGAAGACUACGAUGGCCCUUUUGAGGUGCAAGAAACAUACGAAGAAGAUGAGUUUGAUGAGUUCUUGAACUUGCCAAAUUGGGAAAGUGGUGGUCGGAAGAAGGAUGUCUCAAACGUCGAUGCAUUUGGUGCCGUUGGAGAUGGAGUUUCUGAUGAUACUAAGGCAUUUGUAGGUGCAUGGAAGAAAGCUUGUUCUAAACGUGGAAAUUCAAUUUUCUUGGUUCCAAAAGGGAAAAAAUAUCUAGUAAGUGCAACCAAAUUCAAAGGGCCUUGUGCUGGCAAGUUAGUAAUUCAGAUUGAUGGAACUAUUGUAGCACCGGAUAAUCCAAAAAUAUGGGACCCGGACCAUCCUCGAAUGUGGCUUGGAUACUACAAUUUGAGCAAUGUAUUUUUUCAAGGGAAAGGAGUCAUUGAUGGCUCGGGCAGCAAAUGGUGGGCAGCUUCUUGCAAAAGGAACAAAUCCGAUCCAUGCUUAGGAGCUCCAACGGCAUUUACCAUAGAUUCUAGCUCGCGUGUUAGGGUGAGAGACUUGACCGUGCAAAACGGACAACAAAUGCACUUUACUAUCGCGAGGUCCGAAAAUGUCCGAGUAUCCGGCGUGACAAUUUUGGCCCCGGGGAACAGCCCCAACAUUGAUGGGAUCCAUGUCACUACCUCGAGAAAUAUAGUGUUGCGGAAUUGUGUGAUUGGAACAGGUGAUGAUUGCAUAUCCAUUGUGAGUCAUAGCUCGAAUAUCAAGAUGAAGAAUAUAUAUUGUGGGCCCGGUCAUGGGAUAAGUAUAGGUAGCCUCGGCAAGAACAACUCCAUUGGCCAAGUGGAGACAGUCACACUCGACAAUGCCUUCAUUCGAGACACAACAAACGGAUUGAGGAUCAAAACAUGGCAGGGAGGCUCCGGCUACGUGAGGGCGGUGCGCUGCCAAAAUGUGAAGAUGGAAAACGUCUCAAACCCCAUCAUCAUUGACCAAUUCUAUUGUGAUUCACCAACAAAAUGUGAAGAUCAGGCUUCGGCUGUGGAAGUGAGUGAGAUAUUGUACAAGAACAUAACCGGGACUUCUGCAACGCGAAUCGCAAUGAAAUUCGCAUGCAGCGGAACAGUUCCCUGUAGCAAAAUAGUCCUCAACAACAUCAACUUGCAGAGUGAAAGUGAAGAUGGUUAUGAGGAGACCUAUUGUAAUAAUGCAUCUGGUUCCUUUCACGGCCAUGUUCAUCCACCUGCAGAUUGCCUACUGCAGAAGAGAGAAGGUGUUGUUGAGGAGAAAAUUAGCUAUCAACAUAACAUUCAUACGGAAUUAUGAGACAACGAGGUAGCAUAUGUUUAAGUAUGCGUGUGUGUUUU